AAAAGAUAUCCUAUAUCCUAACUUGCUCCGUAUAGCCUCUACAGCUGAAAGUCAGCUGGACGCAGCUUUACAUCUCGUGUGUCCUAGAGCAUAACCGACUUCGAAUAUCUUCCUCCAGAGUUAUCGUCGACUGUGCAAAAAUACAUUACUUCUCCAACCAUGUCCGAACCCAUCCCAGAAUCCAUUCCUACGAGUCAGGACCCUCGUAGUAAACGUCCCUUGAAGCGCCGCGCACUCACGCCUGUCUCCGAACAGGCUAAGCAGCUCGACACCCUUUUCAAAGAUCCUAGCAAGGAAAUCCACAUUCCCGCCACCUCCAAACCACGCACUGCCGCAUCUCUCGCCCCACCGCCCGAAAUUGUCGCCAAUGUGCAAGGCUCAUCUGCCGGUGCGGGCUCCGGUGAAUUCCAUGUCUACAAGGCUAGUCGGAGACGCGAAUAUGAGCGCGUGAGACUCAUGGAGGACGAAUUGAACCGGGAAAAGGCCAACGAGGAGUUUGAAAAGAAGAGAGAAGAAAUGAAGCGCAAGGAUGAAGAGAAGACAGAAAAGAAUCGGAAGAAACGAGAGAAGCGGAAGGCAGCGAAGGCGAAGAAAGGCACCGGUGACGCCGGGAACGCCACGGGAAAGGCGGACGGUAGAACUGGGGUUGGUGUCUUGAAUGGACCGGUGCUGCGUGAAAAUGGACACGAAGGCCCUGCUCAAUCGGAGCCAUGCGAAGAUCAUACCGAAGUCCCGGGUGUUAUUAUCCAUGACGAAGACUAGACUCGAUCCUCCUAUAUGCAAAAUAGUCGAGAAAAGUAAAAGGAGAAAGGCAAGGACGAUGAUACGUGUAGAUUAUGAAUGAU